AUGGAUACACCGCAGGCUGUGGCCGAGCGCUACGCAGACGGACGGCUUGGCCUCACGUUCGUGCGCGCGCUGCGGCGCCGUAUAGCACCAGCCUCAGGGUACACUGAGGCUGUGCGCCGCGAUCGCAGCGGCGAGCCGCGGAUGGGCACUGACAACGUGCCGAGCAGCUCUGUGGAGGCGGUGCAGCGCUGCCUGCAGCGUUUGUGCCAGCCCAUCGUCUUUUAUAGGUGCGACGCCGCUGCGCCCAUGUCGUCAGCCGCCGGCAUCUCCCCGAGCUUCACGACGAUGCCGUCGACGCGAGCGCUCUUGGUGAAGCCGCACAGCCAGAGCAACUUCUACGCGGUAGACCAUGUCACUGCUGUGCACCUGCUGCAGGAGGCUGUGUGCGAGCGGGUCGUGCACAGUCGCUACGGCGUUCUCGGUGUGCGCAUCAUGAAGCUGCUGCUGCAGCACCACUUCCUUGAGGAGCGGACGCUGGCGGAGCAGUCCAUCGCAACGUACGUCAAGGUUCGCGAGGUGCUGCACCAGAUGUUCAAGGACGGCUUCCUGCUUCAGCAGGAGGUGCCGCGCACCUCGGCACUCGUCGAACGGUCCGCCAAGGCGAGUGUGUACCUCUGGGGGCUGAGCUGGAGCGCGACGCUGCUGCCUGUGGUGCGCGAGCGGCUCGCGAAAACGUUGACGAUUGCGUGGGCGAAGCUCCGUGAGGCGCAGCAGCAGGCGUCCGCCGUCGCAAAACAUGCGGCCGGCGGACGCCCCACACCCGCAGCUGGCAGCAGCAUCAACAGCAGUGCCGCUCACGCCGAGGAGAUCGAGGCGCAGUGGAAGUAUGGCAUGUCGCGGAACAUUCAGCAGGCACUGCAGGCCCAACGCGCUGUGACGGGGCUGCAGAGCUGUGUAAUGUCACUCAUGCGGCUGCUGCUGAUUGUUGAUUUUUUUUUUUUUAAAGGAGUGCGUCGCACAGUAGAGCGGCAGACGAGCGUCGGCGUGGUGGGCGUGGCGUCUCUCUCUCUUUCUCCGUACCGUUGUUUUGGUUGCCAUGCGCGCCAGGGGGACGGAGCGGUGCGGCCCGCACGCCGUCCGUCGCCGCUCUUCUCUCCGUCUUGUGCACCCGCGCGCGUGGUGCGUGGUGCGUAG